AUGAUAGUUGUGAGAGACAAGUCUGGUGGAUUUGUAGUCAAUAUAUUUGAUGAAGCUCACACUCAUCCUAUGACAAGUCCAAAAAGACUCCACUUGCUGAAGUCCAAUUGUCGACUUACUAAAGCUCAGAGAUCAUUAUGGGAACAACUAUACAUGGUAAACAUACCCACACACCAGCAAUUUGACAUUCUUGGAGUGCAAGCAGGAGGAUUUCAGUACAUUGGUUGUACACAACAAGAUUUGUACAAUCUUGAAAGGGAUAAGCGUAAAGAGACAAAAGGGCAUGAUGGAGAAAUGUUGCAUGACUACUUUCUGCUAGAGCAAGAAAAAAAUUCCGGGUUCUUUUUCACAAUAAAGGCAGAUUUUGAAAAUAGGAUUACUCAUUGUUUUUGGGCUGAUGCAAUUUCAAGACAGUCGUAUAAGUUUUAUGGUGAUGUGAUUAUCUUUGACACAACAUACCAAACCAAUCGGUAUAGUUUGAUUUUUGCACCAUUGAUGGGGAUAAAUAACCAUGGUCAGACAAUUGUGUUUGGAGCUGCAUUCUUAAGUGACGAGACUACAGCUUCAUUUGUGUGGUUGUUGAAAGAAUUUUUGAAUGCUAUGCCAGGGGGUCCUCCUAAAAUGAUCAUUACUGAUCAAGAUCCAGCCAUGGAAAAAGCUAUUUCUGAAAUCCUCCCAGACACAUUUCACAGAUAUUGUAGCUGGCAUAUCUUGAGAAAGUUUUCUGAGAAGCUUGAUGCAAUCAAAUUCAGAGAUCACUACGAUGAAUUCAGAAAUUGCAUUUAUUCAUCUGAGAAUGCAGAGGAGUUUGACUUCAAAUGGAAAUCAGUUCUUGCAAAAAGUGGAUUAAGUGGACAUAAGUGGCUGCAAUCAAUUUAUGAAAUUCGGUUUAGAUGGGUGUCGGCUUAUAUGAACCACAUUUUCUCAGCUGGCAUGGCAAGUAGUCAACGAGCAGAAAGUGCGCAUUCCUUUUUUAAGGAUUAUAUUUCUCAUAAAAAUUCUCUAGUGGACUUCAUGGUUCAGUUUAGUCGGGGUCUUUUACACAAACGGCAUGAGGAGUUGAUUUCAGAUCACAUUGACAUCAAUGAAAAGCCAAGAUUUAAGUGCCCCAUUAAGAUGGAAAGCAAAUGGCUGCUAUUUAUACACGGAAGUACUAUUACAUAUUUCAAGAUCAGUUGUGGGAGAGCUACAGUUACAAUCUUGAGGUCACAAAGGAGGAUGAAAUUAAUUGUAUACUUAAGGUUAUGCGUCAGGAUCAUGAGGAUGGAAGAGCCCGAGUCAUUAUAUCAAUACAUUUUGAAGAGAUGGACAAAAUCUGCAAGGUCUGAGGUUGUGAUGGACAAGAUUGACAUGGAGAUAACUGUUAGGAAGUCCUUACUUGAAAAACGUGGUCUACUGUUCCAGCAAUAUUCACAUGUAAUUGAUAGUGUUGUCUUAAGUGAAGAAGAAAGUCAAUUGUUUCGUGAAACAAUGGAUUCUUUGAUUGAGAAGAUUAGGCCACUACUUGCCAAUAAUAGCAGUGAAGGUGUGGAGCCUUGUGCAAAAACAAGUUCAACUCAUCAGUUUGAUUUUCGAGAACCAAAUGAAGUUAAGACAAAAGGAAGGGCUAAAAGAAUUAAGAGAGGAAAAGAGAAGACAAAUGGAAAACGCAACAGUACCGAUAGACAUUGUCAUGGAUGUGGCAAAGAUGGGCAGACCCAUGACAAACGCAAUUGUCCAAUGCUGAUCAAUCAAUCUGCUGAUGUUGAUACAAAUGAAAAUUUGAGUGAAGAUGACAUAGAUACUGAUAGUUAUUCGUCACAGGAUGAUUAG